UUGCUGUCCUUUCGUACCAAACGAAUUUAAUGACUAAAACAAAUUAAAAUUUAAUCCACAGAAGAGGAAAAUCUUUCACACUUCCUCUGUCAGAAGUCUCAAAGACCAAGAAAAAGCGCGCGAAAGGUGGUAAAACCCUAGCGAAGCAAUGCCGGAGCUUCCAGAGGUAGAGGCAGCAAGAAGAGCGAUAGAAGAGAACUGCUUGGGGAAGAAGAUCAAGAGAGCGAUUAUAGCCAAUGACUCUAAAGUCAUCGAAGGAGUCUCCUCCUUGGACUUCGAGUCCGCUCUCUUAGGCAAGACCAUCGUCUCUGCUCACCGGAAGGGCAAGAACCUCUGGCUCCACCUUGAUUCCCCUCCUUUUCCCUCUUUCCAGUUCGGCAUGGCCGGUGCUAUUUAUAUAAAAGGCGUUGCUGUUACAAAAUAUAAGAGGUCUGCUGUAAAAGACAAUGAUGAAUGGCCUUCCAAAUAUUCAAAGUUCUUUGUUGAACUAGAUGAUGGUUUGGAGCUAUCUUUCACUGAUAAGAGGCGAUUUGCUAGAGUCCGCUUGCUCAAAGAUCCUACAUCUGUGCCUCCAAUAUCUGAGCUUGGUCCUGAUGCACUGUUUGAGCCUAUGACGAUUAAUGAAUUUACUGACUCCUUGAGCAAGAAGAAGAUUGGCAUUAAAGCUCUAUUGCUUGAUCAGAGUUAUAUCUCAGGAAUUGGCAAUUGGAUUGCAGAUGAAGUGCUAUACCAAGCAAGAAUUCAUCCUCUGCAGAUUUGUUCCAGCCUGUCCAAAGAAAACUGUGCAACUUUACACAAUUGCAUCAAGGAGGUCAUUCAGUAUGCUGUUGAAGUUGAUGCUGACUGCAACCGUUUUCCUUGUGAUUGGUUGUUUCAUUUUCGGUGGGGCAAAAAGUCUGGAAAAAUUAAGGUUGAAGUUGGGGCAGAUAGUAGUCAGUUCCCUAGUAAUUGGAUAUUUCAUUCUCGCGAAAAGAAGCCUGGCAAGGCUUUUGUUGACGGGAAGAAAAUUGAUUUUAUCAAUGCUGGUGGCAGGACAUCCGCAUAUGUACCGGACUUGCAGAAAUUGAGUGGAACAGUAGCUACAAAAGCAGCAGGUAAACCUAGAAAGCAGGCUUCAAAGAAAAAAGGAGGUGAUGAGGCUGAGGAUAAUGAUGGUGAUGAAGAUGGCGUUGGUGAUGAACCUACGAAUGAGGAAGAGGAAAGCACUAAAAUUACCAAGCCUAAGAAGGGGGGAAACCCUAGAGGUCGUGGUAAAAAGCCCCCUAUGAAAAGAAAAGCCAAAGAGAGCGAUGAUGAUGAUGAUGAUGACAGUGGUGGUAACAAUGAUGUUAGCAGUGAAGAGGAUGAUGAAGAUCCGACAGAGAAAGGUAGGAAGGUUAAAACUAAUACUAGUAACAAACAAGCGAAGACUGUGAAGACAUCCAAGCGAGCAGUGAGUAGUCAAGAUGGUAAGAAGCCUAAGAGAGCAAAGUAGGUAGCUGAUGAAUCAUUUAACGUCUCCAGAUGUCUGCCCAAGUUUUGUAAGAAUGGAAGGGCGGUGUCAUGUUCUUGUAACUAGUAUUGCUUGUUCAACCUUGUUAUUAGAUCACACUUGGCUUAAAUUCUGAAUCGGCGGCUACCUUGUACUGCAGCUGUUUGUUGCAGGGUAUUUUGAAAAUUUUCAGUGUGUUUUAAGUUA